AUGGCCAGCGAUUCCACAUACACUCUCUACAACUACGACCCAUCGGCAGUUGCGGCGAUCAUAUUCGUUGUUCUCUUUGGAUUAACCACCCUGGUGCACAUUUUCCAAAUGACCCGGAGCCGAUCAAAGUUUUUUAUUCCUUUCAUUAUAGGAGGAGUCUUUGAAGCUGUUGGCUACGUCGGUCGAUAUCUUAACUCGAACGAGACUCCCAAUUGGACAACAGGCCCAUUCAUCAUGCAAUCACUCCUGCUCCUUGUCGCACCAGCAUUCUUCGCUGCAUCCAUUUACAUGAUCCUGGGCCGCUCAAUUGCCUCAACCGGCCAUGAUAACCUCUCUGUCAUUCCAGUCAAGUGGCUGACGAAAAUAUUUGUCUGCGGAGAUGUGGUCUCAUUUUUAGCCCAAUGCGCUGGCGGUGGUUUUCUUUCCUCUGCAAGGACUCAGUCAAAGGUUACCCUCGGACAAAACAUUAUCAUCGCCGGUCUUUUCAUCCAAAUUGCCUUCUUUGGGUUCUUCGUUGUGACUGCUGGCAUGUUCAAUUACCGGCUCUGGAAGUGCCGUGAUUGUAUUUCGAUGUCUUCUAUUAGAGUGCCGUGGCAAAAAUGUUUCUUCGUCCUAUACACGGCUAGUCUGUUCAUUAUGAUCCGGUCUAUCUUCCGUGCCAUUGAGUAUAUUACUGGUACGAACGGUCCGCUCAUGUCAACGGAGGUGUAUCUGUAUAUCUUUGAUGCAGCUCUCAUGUUCUUGACUAUGCUCACUUUCAACAUCUUCUCCCCGAAAACAUUGUGCGAUGAGACCAGACCACACUGUAACAACUGCUUCAAACACGGCGUACAAUGUCUCUUCAGUGAGAGCGCCCCCACAGGUCCCGCCAGGAAAUCAAGGUCUCCACCUCCCGGCACUUUUGAUGCCCCAAGUCCCGUGUCGGGGGAGAAUACCCCGUCAAUGGGUAUGGCCGAGAUGGCUCUACUUCACCAUUUCUCUACAUCAACCUGCUAUACGAUUGCACGCAACCCUAUUUUGCAAACAGUAUGGCAAAUCAGGAUCCCCCAAGUCGGCUUCUCGUCGCCAUUUGUAUUCCGCGCCAUUAUCGCUCUGUCUGCCCUACAUCUGGCUCAUGUAAAGCCCGAAUUUCACGACCAUUAUGUUUCUCAAGCCGAGUUUCAUCAUAACGCUGCCUUGCAGAUGGUGACUGCCAUUCUCCCAGACGUGAAUAAGGAGAACUGCCAAAGCAUAUACCUCUUUUCGAUCCUGACCUGUAUUAUUUCCUGUGCCAAGCCGCGCGUCAGAGAUGAGUUCUGGGCAAAGAGUGACCGAGAUCUCGAGUGGUUGACUCUAUUUCGUGGUACAACACACAUAAUCGCGUCGGCAGACGGUUCUCUCAAGACGGGCCUGCUAGCACCGAUGUUUGCUAUGGGCCACCGCAGGAAGCUGGCUCGUGAUGCGAGGUCUGCCGCGGCCACGCCGCCGUUUCUUCUCGUCUUGAAACAGCUCUUGCAGGAUACAGUUCAGGAUCCUAGUGAACUGCAGUGCUACCACGACUCAAUUGAGAAUAUGGCGAUGUCAUUCGCCACAAUCGACGAAAUUGGGUCACAUAACUGCGAGACUGCUGAUAUAUUUAUUUGGCUGCUAGCAGUUUCGGAUCAGUAUUUUGGAUACUUCCAGCGGCGCACACCUGAAGCGAUGGUAAUUUUUGCAUAUUUCUGUGUUGUUAUGAAAGAGAUGGAAUGGGCUUGGUGGAUGCAGGGGUUUAGUGUUCAUGUUAUAAGUGGUAUAUAUUACCAUUUGGACGAGGAGCAUCGUUGCUGGUUGCAGUGGCCUAUGCAACAGGUAGGAUGGGUCCCAUGA